CCAGACGGGAGGGCUUGCACCCAUUGCCACCGGCUCAAGAUACGCUGCGAUAUCCUUCAAAAAGGAGCUCCCUGCACGGGGUGCAGCUCUCGAAACCGGUCUGGCUGCCACAUUUAUCCAAAGAAACAGCGUAGAGGAGCUUCUGCUGUCCGUCUGCUUGCACCAGUCCCGAUCCGUCCCCGCGAGCCCACGUCCGUCGAGCCCGCGACAGACUCGAGCUCGCCGUUAGAAGUCGACACUGUCCAAACGUCAGUUCGUGAUGAGGACGGCGAACACGAUGCCAGCCAUUUGGCCGACUUUCUCGGCCGUCACGAUAUGAAGGAAGCCGAUUACGGCCGCUUAACCCGCGUUUGCUUCAUCGGCACCGGCAUGUCCAACUGCCACUACCUCGUCCGUCAGAACUUCCCCCGGACCGGCGACGAGAGCAGCGUUCAUCUAGGAUACAGUCAGAUGCGAGUCCACGGGGCCUCUUACUAUCGAUUUGUGCCCCCGGAGAUCCUUCAACGUCCGGACAAGGAACUGGCCGACAGACUGCUUCGAGCAUACUUUGACUCUGUAAACUGUGGAUGGCCCAUAGUCGACGAGGAAGAGUUUAUGGUGCAGUACGAAGGCAAGGACCCUGAGGUCUCGUUAUCUUCUGCUCUGAUGAAUGCUAUUUUCCUCGUCGGGGCACAUGUUUUGUCGUCCCACGAUGAGAGCAUGCACUCGCUCAAGACCACGUUUUUCCGUAGGGCCAAGACUCUAAUUGACUACCAGUUCGAGACAGAUCGGCUUGUUUACGUCCAGGCAGCUCUCUUGAUGACGUGGAGUUCUAAUGGGUUCGAAGAGGUUGCUAUUAGUGCGUGGCACUGGAUUGGAAUUGGUGCCCGGACAGCCAUAGCCUUUGGCAUGUAUCGUGAUGCAACUCGGUCCAGGAUGCUCCCGGUUCAUAAGCGAGUCUAUACGCGGCUUUGGUGGGUUCUGUUCCAGUUUGAUACCAUCUCGGCUCUGUCGUCGGGUCGACCGCAGGCAAUAAACCUAGACGAUUCUGAUGUUCCUGAUCUCGAGUAUCACCACUUUGAGGGCAUUCCCAAUGCGCAGAAGGACUUUGUGAUAUACCAGACCAAGCUGUGCAUCAUAAUAUCACGGGCGAUGAGAGAGGGUUGGGCUCUCCGAUCCUCGCCUGAAGACCGCGUUCGAGCGACGAGAAAGGCCGAUGAGUCUCUGGCCGAGUUCAUCCUUCAACUGCCCCCCAAGGUCCAGCUGAGGUACUCUUCGCUUGAUACGUGGCAGUCGAUCCUUCACCUCACCUACAACAACUUUGUCAUCCUGCUCCAUCGACCUCUGCCAAAGCAAAGCGCCGUUGAAGACGUGCGGCCGGACCAGUGCAACGAUCCCUCACUAUGCGGAGACUCCGCCAAGACUAUCGCUGCCAUCUUUGAGACCCUGCCUCAGGAUGCUCUGUCCACGCUGUGGCUGUACAGCACCAACGUCCUCAUUACGGCAACUAUCCACAUCAUCCACGAGGCGGGGUCGAGCAAGCCCAUCGUCGCGGCCAGAUCGCUUCAUAUCCUCGAGAUUCUGAUGAUGGCUCUGCGGGGGCUGUCGAAGCAUUGGCACUAUGCGCGUGCGUGGCUCCAUUUUGUUGAACAACGGGCAUUGAAGUUGAAGCAGCAACGA